AUAUAGAUAUAGAAUAUUGUAGCACCUAUUUCGCUAAAAAAAUUUGCAGUAUAUUUUGCAGAGGUAGAUAUAAAAAACGGAAGCUAUUUCCGAGAGCAAACUUUUUGAUAAAAACGUGAUCGGCUUAGUUGGCAAUUUUUUUCAAAGGUUAUUAUUUUAUAUUCUACAAAAUUAUGAAUAGAUUUUUAACUUGUACAUAUAUUACACGAUUCUAUGUGGAUAGUAUCUAUAGCUACCGUAAUAAAAAUAAUUUUAAAAUGCAAAGCGACUGUGCUUUGUAAUAAAAGCAGAGCGUUCAUAUAAAAGCCCUACAAAACACAGAAUACAAUUUUGCUUUAAAAUCUUCAAUAUAAAUGCCCCUGUUUCGAUCUUCUGACUACUAAUAGCAACGUUCUGCCUCACUUUUAUUCAUAUACGACCCGAAAAAUUCAUACCGCGGAGUGGCAUGCACGGUACAUCGCGAUCAGAGGACAACAUCGCGCUCCUACGUUGUUUGCCUCUUGACGUCUUCCAUCCGUCAAUUUUCCGUCCACGAAAAAUGUAAAAUCGCUCGCCUAUACAACCCGGUAGAUUUAUCGCCCCGAAUCUCGAUGAAAUAUUCAUCGCGUCGCGGACAGACUCGCGAAAAGACGGAAGAGGAUCCUCGAAUGUCCAGCGGGAGCGAAUCGUUCACCGACACGGCGAUACACGCCAAGCUGGAACCACCGAGAUCUCUGCACGGUGUCGAGGAUGCCGACGUCAUUUGGGACACGAUCACACGGCGAUUCCCGAACGCGGCCCCGCUCCUCUGCGAGAUGGAAACGGUGAUCGAACGUGCGGAGGAUUUGCUGCAGCAGCUCAAAACGCCUUGCGCUCAUCAGGAAAAUGGUACGCAUUUCCCUCGAACCCCCGGGGCCCCGCCGGGGGUUCGAUGUUUUCCCGUGUCGUGCACACGCGUAACUGACAAACAAUCUCGGAGAAUUUUAGUACGCCCAGUUUAACGAUGUUUUAUUACGAUUUUAACGUGUUUAAAAUAACGAGCUUAAGCUUGAAAUUAAUGGUUACAAU